GAAGCUGAUGUCAGGAUGGGAUUACACCUGCAAGAAUUUCUAUUAGGGAAAACACCUGUGGGAGAAAAACUGGAGGUGGUCAAGGGAGGCAGUGGGAGCUAUCAGGUCAUGACACAAGCGUGACCCCUAGUGAUGGGGAUGGGGACGUGAGGUUGGGUAAUAGGGUCCUAGACUAUCAUGCAGUCUAAAUUGUGCAAGGCCGCUGGUAAAAUCUGAGUAAGCUUUGUGGAUUGUAGCAAUGUCAUUUUCCAGGUUUUAAUAGUAUAAAUGGUUAUGCAAGAUGUUACCAUUGGGCAAUGUUGGGUGAAGGGUGCAUAGGACCUCUGUACAUUUUUUUUUUGCCACUUCCUGUGUAUCUAAUUAUUUCAAAAUAAUAAGUAAAAACAAAAAGCCACUAGGCAAUGUGAUAAUUUUCGCUUUCAAUAUUCAUAUAUAUUUUAAAUAACCUAAGAAGAGAGCACUAGUCCAUCACAUUAAACAGAUAUCUGCCAUUUCUGUGGCUCUUCCUUCAUUUCUAAAGUUCCCCUUUUCCCUCUUGUAUCAUCUCCCUUUAGCCUAAAUGACUUCUUUCAGCAGUUCUGUAUAACAGGACUACUCGCAAUGGGUUCUCAUAGUUUUCCUGCAUCUGAGAUGGUCUUCAUUUCACCUGCACUGUUCAAGGAUAUUUUCCCUGGGUAUAGAAUCCUGGGUCGACAUUUCUUUUCUUCCAGUACUUUAAAGAUUUUGUUCCACUGUCUGUCCUCAUAGGUUUCUGAUGAGAAAUCUGUGGCCAACUGAUCUAGUCUAAUUGUCUUAAGUUUUCGUCUUUUCAGGUAUAGAUUGUGCUUCAACAAUCUCAUUAAAGAGAUAUUUUAGGUUACAAAGAUAUUCACUCACAAUUUCUUUUAAUAUUUCCAAAGUUUCAUUUUUCACAAAUACAUCUGGAGUAUUUCUCAGCUAGAAAAUACAGAUUAUUUUUUAGCUCAGAUAGAGGCUCAGGGAGUUAACCUCACUAUUCUGAGGUUACAUGGCAAACGAAGGCUCCUUGAAACAUUCCUUUCCAGUGAAUGAAUACCCAACAGUGUUCCCUCUCUUACACAGGCCUUUCAUCCCAAAUUUCAGAAGCCCUUGUGAACAGAAUAGCCCCAGAAAAUUUCAAGCCAUACCCUUUUGUCAACAUGGAUGAUUUCAGCAUGAACUUAAUACCACAGAAUCAAGCUGAUCCCAGUGAGUAUAACUCUCAUUUGCCCUCUCUUCCUACUAUUGCCCCUUCUCAUGGGUGGACUUUUCAGACAAUAUGGAGGAAGCAUUAGGAACGUACUGUAUUCACCCACAAGCAGCAUGAAGAGUUGGAGGCUCUGUUUAACCAGACCAUGUUCCCAGAUAAAAAUCUCCGCAUGGAACUGGCUUUGAAGUUCAAUGUACAGGAGUCAAAAGUGAAGGUUUGGUUCAGGAACCAGCGAUUUAAAAUGAAGAAGCAGCAGCAACAUCAGCACUCACUGAAGAAACCAAGGCAGAUUAUUCCAGCCAAGAAGAAUGUGUCCACCUUAUUGAGGGCAUCCAGCAGUCCUUAUUCUUUUUAUCCUGUGGUUUCAGAUGGCUAUAGCUCCCUUCCACCCCGGCCCUUAGGCACUUUCAACUGGACACAAGACUCUGUCUUUACCUGGAAUUCCACAAGUGAUGUCCAAAUGCAAGAUCCACAGUUGGAGAGGCUGGUAGCUUCAGUUCCUGCUUUAUACUCUGAUGUUUAUGACAUAACGCAAAUCAUGGAACUGUAUAGUUUUCCUGACAAGGAUGUGGCAUCCAGCUCUUCCUUCAGCUGUCUGUAUCAGUAUCUCUCACCCACAAGGCCCCAGCUGGAAAGAUGGGGUCCUGCUCUCAGCAUGUUUGCUGAUCCAGCAGUAGGUCUAUCUCCUGGGGAAACCUGGUCCAAUAUGACAAAUGGAGGCUUUAUAGCCGACAGUCUGAGAGACAGUCUGGAAUUCCAGAAUCCCUCUAGUAUGGUGCAUUCUAGAUUUCAAUGAUCAGAGUACUAAUAAAUACCGGAACCAUAUAGAAGAUGGGCUUCCUGCUGCUUGCACAUG